AUGAGGACGAGCCUAUUCCUUUUGGCAAUCUCGCCAGUGCCUGUCCUUACAGGAGUCACACCUCCGGCUCGCCCUCUCUUGCCCCCUGACCAUGCAAACCUCACCCUCAACGGCGCAAUCGGCUCGUAUCCUCUCACCUUCAACAUCUCCGACUCUCAACGGAAGGGAUGGACCCAAAUUGAUGGCUCAUUCUGGAUCAACGCAUUUAUCCAUGGCUCCAAUGGUCAUGACUACUACAUCGCUUCUCACUUGAUGAGCUACGCCUCCGAUAUCGAGGGCUCCAAGCCAGUGUACCGAGCAUCAGUGCUUGAUCUGACCGAUCCCACGAUUUUCCACAAAUAUGAUCGAAUUGCUCCGGAAAACACCACGUUUUGGACUCACGAUGGUGAUUUCCAGGCCAAUUUUGAAGAUUAUGGAAUGGAAGCUAUUGAUAAGAACCCGUUACAUGGUCUUCACACUUACAGUUCUGCCGAGAACGUCGAGUUUGACUUCGAUUUCUAUUUUACAUCUCCCAUCUUGCUCAACGCAGCUCUAGGAUCCUAUCAAGUCGGCGGUGGACUUGGCUGGGAGUGGUCAGUUCCUCGAGGACGCACCGAAGGCUCACUCAAGGUGAACGACGAAGAGGUAGACAUCGUCCCCGAGAAGUCCUUUGCAUGGUACGAUAGGCAAUGGGGCUCACUUCAAGACUCUUUCGAUUGGAUUAUGCUUCACUUCGAAGAAUCAAACUGGUUGGAUAUAUCGGUUAUGUGUGCUUGGAAGUGGGAGGACCGCGUGGAUGGCCAGAAGAUGUUUGCUACGGUUAGAAACUCGCAGAACGGCCGAGACUCAGUGGUUCCUAUAAAUCUGACCGUGUCGACAACCAGUGUCUGGGUAUCACCAGAUACAGGGAUUGAAUAUCCGCAGGAAUGGAUUAUUCAAUGGGAGGAUACGGAACUCCUCGUUACGAGCCCUAGGCCUGAUCAGGUUAUUGAGGCUGAUGAUGAUACCGGGUUUCCAUCGCAGUUCAGUGGCUAUGUCAACGUGGUGGCUACCAAAGCGGGAUGUUCUCCCGUCAGAGGAUUUGGAGCGGUUGAUCGCAUGAAGAUCGAAUAG